AUGGCAGAAUAUGCAUUAGUUCCUUUAUUCGAUAGGCAAGAUUUAGCUAGGAAGUGUAUUAAUCUACUUAAUGAGGAAUGGCCUCGGAGUGAUGGAUCGCGAGAGCAUUCUCAGAAAAAGUCAUGCAGGAGUGAACCUCCCAUGUCUUUCCUGUUAAUAAGGAACAUUGAUGAUGAACUCGUUGGCCAUGCACGUGUUUGUAAUCUGCCUAAUAAGAGAGAAGGGUGUUGGAUUGAGUCUGUUAUCGUUAGUGGGAAAGAACGCUCUAAAGGCUUAGGGAAAUUGCUUAUGUUAGAAACGGAGAAAUUCGUUAAGCGUUUUGGCUAUAAUCAGGCUUUUCUAUGUACUGAAGACAAAGAAGAAUUCUAUAGGCGCUGUGGCUACGUGGAGUGUGAUCCUGUAAUACACUCCACGGCUGCUACUUCUGUUUUCCCCAUCUUCGAGAAAUUAGAGAGUAACGUGGGAACAGAAGUCAAAACAACAUCUACUUCUGAAAGAGCUGAGACUUUGUGUUCGUCAGCACCUCCAGCGCCGCCACCACCACCUCCUAGAAAGCAAUCUAUGGGUACCAUGACUACGAUUGAUCACCAAUAUAUGAAGAAGAAUAUUUAA